UCAUUUUUGAUGGGUGUUGCUCAGUUACCCCUAAAGUAAGGAAGGUUUUGGGGACAAGGCGAGAAAUAGAGGUAGCACAGAAAGGGGCAGUGCGAGGCUCUUGGGUGGGGUGAGCGCAGGAACCGGCGGGCGUCCUGUCUGCCUGGGAAAGGGGGAAACGUACGUGUGUGUGUGUCUGUGUGUGUGUGUGUGUGUGUGUUGGGGGGGGCUUGGAUAGGAAAGAGGGCGACCUCUUCUCAGCUUGAAUCUAAGAGACUUCUCGAGUGGUUGGGAAGGAGAAUGCGAUUUUUGCUUUUCCUGUCAUACGUACGGUUUUUUGCUAGCUGGGGGUUUAAAAUUAGCUGUCGGGGCGAGUUUCCUUGAAAUUUCCUCCCGUUCGCAUGCCUGCGGCUAGCCUGCUUAUGGUGGUGCAGCCUAGAGAGAGGGGGGUGGGGGGGAGAGUUUGCGGCUGAUGUAGGAUCGCCGUCGGGUUUCUCCUUUCUCCUUCCCCUUCAGCGCGGAAAGAGGAGGAAGAAAGAGUCAAUCGGAGCCCUAGGCGAAAAACCCCAAGAACGUCCAUGGCCUCUCGAUCAGUCCGUUUUUGGACGAGGUGGAUAAUGAAAUCUUUGUUGCCACAGCUCUGACUACUUUUGAAUUUUAUUUGGGAACUAGCCAGGGUAUAUUCUUCCUGAAGACGUUGGGCAUUUCACGGAAUUACCGCAAAGAAGAGACUUUUCUCAUCUAACCUUUUGUAAUUCAGAUAUUUUAUUAAAACAUGGAAAAUGAGAUAUUCACACCUCUUUUGGAGGUCUUCGUAUCGAGCCCACUUGUUACCUGGGUUAAGACAUUUGGAUCCUUAGCUGGACAAAAUGCAACCAACCUGGAAGAAUAUGUUGCACUUCUAGAUGGAGUUUUCUUAAAUGAAGUUAUGCUGCAAAUAAAUCCUAAAGCAACUAGUCAAAGAAUAAAUAAGAAGGUCAACAAUGAUGCAUCACUUCGAAUUCAAAAUUUGUCUAUUUUAAUAAGACAAAUUAAAUCAUAUUAUCAGGAGACAUUGCAGCAAUUGAUCAUGAUGCCUUUGCCAAAUGUUUUAAUAAUUGGAAAAAAUCCCUUUUCAGAACAAGGCACUGAAGAAGUAAAAAAACUCCUUCUACUUCUCCUUGGUUGUGCUGUUCAGUGCCAGAAGAAAGAAGAAUUCAUUGAAAGAAUACAGAGUUUAGAUUUUGAUGUAAGAGCAGCUGUUGCUGCCCAUAUACAAGAGGUAACCCAUAAUCAGGAAAAUGUGUUUGAUCUCCAGUGGAUGGAUGAUAGUGCUCUGGCACAAGAUUAUAUUGAACCUCUCCUAAAAAACAUGGCAUUACAUUUAAAACGACUUAUAGAUGAGCGAGAUGAGCAUUCUGAGACUAUCAUAGAGCUUUCUGAAGAACGAGACUCUCUUCAUUUUCUACCUCAUGCAUCAGCAGCACAAUCACCUUGUGGAUCUCCAGGAAUGAAAUGCACUGAAAGCAGACAACACUUAUCAGUGGAAUUAGCAGAUGCCAAAGCAAAGAUUAGAAGGCUUAGACAAGAGCUUGAGGAAAAGACUGAACAGUUGCUGGAUUGUAAGCAAGAAUUUGAACAGAAUGAAACUGAAUUAAAGCGACUUCAGCAAGAGAAUAUGAGUUUACUUUCAGAUGCCCGAUCUGCCAGAGUGUAUCGGGAUGAACUUGAUGUUCUCAGAGAGAAGGCAAUCCGGGUUGACAAGCUUGAAAGUGAACUCAGCCGAUAUAAAGAAAGGCUACACGAUAUUGAAUUUUACAAGGCUAGAAUAGAGGAGUUAAAAGAAGAUAAUCAAGUAUUACUGGAAACAAAGACAAUGUUGGAAGAUCAGUUAGAGGGAACCCGAGCCCGUUCUGAUAAAUUGCAUGAAUUGGAAAAGGAGAAUCUGCAAUUAAAAGCUAAACUCCACGAUAUGGAGAUGGAACGUGAUAUGGAUCGGAAGAAAAUUGAGGAACUUAUGGAGGAAAAUAUGUCACUAGAAAUGGCUCAGAAGCAAAGUAUGGAUGAAUCACUACAUUUAGGCUGGGAACUUGAACAGAUAAACAGAUCAUCAGAAAUUUCCGAAGUGCCACAGAAAUCACUUGGUCAUGAAGUGAAUGAACUAACAUCAAGUAGAUUAUUAAAACUAGAAAUGGAAAACCAAACUUUAUUAAAAACAGUAGAAGAAUUACAACAUGCAAUGGGUUCUGUAGAAGGCAAUAACUCAAAACUAAUGAAAAUGGAAAGAGAAAAUCAAAGGCUAAAUAAAAAGCUGGAAGGACUGAAGAAUGAAUUUAUUGAAGAGAAACAAAGUCACCAGAGUAGUCAAAAUCUUUGCAAAGAUCUCAUGAAAGAGAAAGCACAGCUUGAAAAAACAAUUGAAACUUUGAGAGAAAAUUCAGAGAGACAGAUUAAAAUCCUGGAACAGGAAAUUGAACACUUGAAUCAAACUGUAACUUCACUUCGACAGCGUUCACAAAUCAGUGCUGAAGCAAGAGUAAAAGAUAUUGAGAAGGAAAAUAAAAUUCUCCAUGAAUCUAUCAAGGAGACAAGCAGCAAACUAAGUAAAAUAGAAUUUGAAAAAAAGCAAAUGAAAAAAGAGUUAGAACAUUAUAAAGAAAGGGAAGAAAGAGUGGAUGAGCUGGAGAAAGAAGUUCAUCAUCUUGAAAAAGAAAAUGAACUAUUACAAAAAAGAAUUACUAACUUAAAAAUUACAUGUGAAAAAAUUGAUUCUUUAGAACAAGAGAAUUCCAGUCUAGAUGUUGAAAACAGAAAGCUGAAAAAGACUUUAGACAGCCUGAAAAAUCUCAGCUUUCAAUUAGAGUCCUUAGAGAAAGAGAAUGCACAACUUGAUGAAGAAAACUUAGAACUCAGAAGAUCUGUUGAAUCUUUGAAGAGUACCAACAUCAAGAUGGCUCAAUUAGAACUAGAAAAUAAAGAACUAGAAAGUGAGAAAGGCCAGCUACAGAAGAGCCUGGAUCUUAUGAAAACAUCUUUUAAAAAGACAGAACGUUUAGAAGUGAGUUAUCAAGGCUUGGAUACAGAAAAUCAAAGGUUGCAGAAAACCCUAGAAAACAAUAACAAAAAGAUUCAACAUCUAGAAAGUGAAUUACAAGAACUGGAGUCAGAAAAUCAAACCCUGCAAAAAAAUCUUGAGGAACUCAAAAUCUCCAGUAAACGUUUAGAAAAAUUAGAAAAAGAGAAUAAACUUUUGGAGCAAGAGACAACCCAGCUAGAAAAAGAUAAGAAACAGCUAGAGAAAGAGAAUAAAAGACUCAGGCAGCAAGCAGAUAUUAUGGAUAGCACACUAGAAGAAAAUAAUGUGAAAAUAGGUCACCUGGAAAAAGAGAACAAGUCACUCUUUAAAGAAAUUGGUUUAUGUAAAGAAGCAUCUAUUCGUCUAAAAGAAGCGGAAAAGGAAAAUAAAGAGCUUGUAAAAAGAGCUACUAUUGACAAAAAAACACUUGUCACAUUACGUGAGGAUUUGGUGAAUGAAAAACUGAAGACACAGCAGAUGAAUAAUGACUUAGAAAAACUUACACAUGAACUUGAAAAGAUAGGUUUAAACAAGGAACGUCUCUUACAUGAUGAGCAGAGUACUGAUGACAGUAAGUACAAACUUUUGGAGUCAAGGUUAGAGUCCACACUGAAGAAAUCACUUGAAAUAAAAGAAGAAAAAAUUGCUGCUUUGGAAGCUCGUUUAGAAGAAUCAACAAAUCUCAAUCGACAGCUGCGCCAAGAGCUUAAAAUAGUAAAAAAGAAUUAUGAAGCCCUCAAGCAAAGACAAGAGGAGGAGAAAAUGGUACAGAGUUAUUCUUCAAAACUUGAUGAAGAAAGUCAUCCUGUCACUAAAUGGGAAAGAGAUAAUCAGGAAACUACUAGAGAACUUUUGAAGGUUAAAGAUAGAUUAAUUGAAGUUGAAAGAAAUAAUGCAACUCUGCAGGCAGAGAAGCAAGCCCUGAAAACACAGCUAAAACAACUUGAGACACAGAAUAAUAAUUUGCAAGCUCAGAUAACAGCACUUCAGAGACAGACUGUUUCCUUACAGGAGCAAAAUACAACCUUGCAAACCCAAAAUGCAAAACUUCAGGUGGAGAAUUCAACAAUUAAUUCCCAAAGCACAUCACUUAUGAACCAGAAUGCACAGCUACUGAUUCAACAAUCAACCUUAGAAAAUGAAAAUGAAUCCAUAAUAAAGGAACGGGAAGACCUGAGAUCAUUUUAUGAUUCUCUAAUCAAAGAUCAUGAAAAAUUGGAACAACUUCAUGAGCGGCAAGCAGUUGAAUAUGAAUCUCUCAUUUCUAAGCAUGGAAACCUUAAAUCUGUACAUAAGAAUCUUGAAGUAGAACAUAAGGAUUUGGAAGACAGAUAUAGUCAAUUACUUCAGCAAAAAGUACAAUUAGAGGAAUUGGAAAAAGGCCUCAAAGUGGAGCAAGAAAAGAUGCUUCAACAAAACAAGAAACAUGAAAUGGUAGCAGUGGAAUACAAAAAACUUGGUGAAGAAAAUGACAGUGACAAGUUGAAUGAAUUAAGAAGACAAAAAGAAAAAUUAGAAGAAAAAAUUAUGGAUCAGUAUAAAUUCUAUGAACCAUCUCCCCCUAGAAGAAGAGGCAACUGGAUUACUCUGAAAAUGAGGAAAUUGAUAAAAUCAAAGAAAGAUGUCAACCGAGAACGCCUCAAAUCUCUGACUCUGACACCAACCCGCUCAGAAUCUAGUGAAGGAUUUCUUCAGUUGCCACAUCAAGAUAGUCAAGAUAGUUCCUCUGUGGGCUCAAAUUCACUUGAAGAUGGCCAGACAGUGGGAACUAAAAAAAGUAGCAUGGUUGCACUGAAAAGACUGCCCUUUUUGAGGAACAGACCGAAGGAAAAAGACAAAAUGAAGGCCUUCUACCGUCGCUCCAUGUCAAUGAAUGACCUGAUGCAGUCCAUGGUCUUAGCAGGAGGACAAUGGAUAGGUAGUUCUGAGCAUCUGGAAGGUCCUGAUGAUAUAUCCACGGGUAAAAGGAGAAAAGAAUUGGGAUCUAUGGCCUUCUCUACUACAUCCAUCAACUUUACAACUGUCAACUCUGCUGCAGGCUUGAGAUCCAAGCAGUUGCUUAAUAAUAAAGAUACAACAUCUUUUGAAGAUGUAAGUCCACAAGGAAUUAGUGACGAUUCUAGUACAGGUUCAAGAAUUCAAGCUUCCAGACCAGCCAGUCUUGACAGUGGCAGAACAUCGACUAGCAAUAGCAAUAAUAAUGCAUCACUCCAUGAUGUCAAAGCAGGUGCAAGUAACAACCAAAGCAGGCCUCAAAGCCACAGUAGUGGAGAAUUUAGCCUACUUCAUGAGCAUGAAGCAUGGUCCAGCAGUAGCAGCAGCCCCAUACAAUAUUUGAAAAGUCACACUAAGUCUAGUCUCCUGCUUCAUCAUACAAUGUCAGAAAAAAUAGAUAAACAAGGAAUACGGAGAAUUAAAACUGAAUCCCCUGGAAGUGAAAUGGUUACUCUGCAGCAAUUUCUGGAAGAAAGCAAUAAAGUUACUUCAGCUGAGCUAAAGUCUUCAAGCAAAGAUAAUCUUUUGGAUGAAGUAAUGAAAUUUUUUUCGGAAAAUGCUGAAUUAACAGGAAGAGAAAAACUAAGCAAACAGACAUCAGGCAGUAGUGGUAUUGUCAGAUCGCAGAGUGUGAGAAACACAACAGAAUUAUUUGAUGGAAAGUUAGGUAAGCAAGAACCUCUUGCAAGGCUCAAUUUAAACAGAACAGAAGAUUCUAAAGAUUUGAACUUUUCAGAGACUUAUGCAGGCACUAAGGGAAAGGUCAGGUCUGUUAAAGAAAAUGUCCAGUCACAGCGACAAUCAAAAGACUGCAAUCCCUAUGCUACUUUACCUCGUGCAAGCAGUGUGAUUUCAACAGCAGAAGGAACUACUCGGAGGACCAGUAUCCAUGAUUUUUUAUCUAAGGACACUAGGCAGCCAAUAUUUGUUGAUCCAACUCCAACUACAGCUGAACAAAGUAUUAUAUCAUCUUCGAAUGUGGAAGCAAAACAAGAAAACAGACAUUCAAAAAGCAGUUGUAGGGGGCAAGAAAGCUUCUAAUUCAGUUGCCCCUACAACAUGAGAUGUGGGCCACGUGGUGAGUUUUUUGCCCAGGGUGUAAAUGAUAUCAUUUUCAUUUACCAAGAAAAGGAAGAAAUUAAUAUUAAUAAAUAAGAACACAUGCACACUACAUUAACAGUUGCCAGUAGUGCUUAGUGACUCGAUAUUUUGCCUACUGUUCAAGCCAAAUGAGAGUGGCACAUUUAAUUUUACCUGCCAGGCAAGGAAUAUUCACUUUUAAGUUUAUCUUCUUUUUCCUGUUAAAAAGUAAAGUGUUUAUCCAAAAUUCUAUUUUAUAUACAUACAGUACUUAAUCCUUAUCUGAACAUUGAUUUAUUGUUGUUUUCUGUAUUUUCUGUAUUGCAUUGAUAUAAUCUUUUUGGAGCAGGGCUCAUGCUUAUUAUGUUCAACUAUUCUGAGUGAUGAUACUGUAUUUUGUCUAGGGUACCCAUUAUAUUUCAGUGAGAUAGCAAUUUAUGAUCAGGGCAACUCAGAUUCUGUACCAAGAACAGCAGGAUUCUAUAGUUAGUAUUUUGUAAGCAGAUUGCCUCUUACUUGAAGUGUCUGCUAUUUUUAUUUUUUGCAUAAUAUCGAUCGUACUAUGUAGUGGAAGAUAGGAAUAUUUAGGACAUUCCUUAUUAUAGUUCCUAAAAACAUAUUUGCAGUAUGUUUCUGCUAUUCCAGGGACUAGAAACAUCUAGUAUUGCCAGUUAUCUCAUUUUUUGACAGAACUAUAGCAUCACCAACUCUGCAUAUGAUACAUGUAUAGGCAAAGAAAAUCAAACACCUUGGAUGCAAUCCUAUAUAAAGUCAGAUUCAGCAUGGUUCAAUUUCUAUAAUUUAACUCAAUACAAUAUUUGUACUUUAUUACAACCAGAUGAUAAUGCUAUAUAAUAUUUUCUAUAUAGGUUUCCCCCCUUUUUUUUUCUAGUUGCUGCUUAAACUGCUACUAUUGUAUCUUGCUAGUUCUUUUCAGCAAAUUUUUAGAUUUCUUCUAUAGCUAAGCUUUCCUUUCAUUUUCUCUUCUCUUUCUGCUUUUAAAUUGAACAGAGAGAAAAGUGUCCUUCAGUAUCUCAGUAUGAAGCCUUUAUUUCUGAAGUAACAAGGUAUUCGGCUAUAGGAGUCAUGGUUUUAAAAAAUUCAAAAAUUUUACAGUCCUUCAUGAAUAGAACAGUCAAGAAAUGCACAUCUCCUUUCCUUGAAUCAAGGAACUGUACCAGCAGCUGCUGAUUUUUUUAAAUACUAUAUUGCACAUUGCACUGUUAUGCUCUAAAAGAGAAUUUUCAUCCCUCCGAGGACCAAGGUUUGUGCAGUCUCAAGAACUACUUCAGGAACAUAAUUAGUGUGUUCUAGUUUCUUUAUGAACAUGGUCACCAGUUGCUUACUACUUCCACUCUACUAGCAUUUAGUUCUGUAAAUCUGAAUUAAAAAAGACUGUUGUAAAUUGUGGAAAUAGUUGUAAAUACAGGUAGGAAAAAUACCUCCACAAGCAUCUUGUCACUUCAGUCUUAUUGGUGUGCAUGAUGUUACUCUUAGGAAAACAAAACUGCUGAUUAUUUUGAUGUAUAUGGCAAGAAGAAUAGGUACUUCAAAACACAAUUGAAUACUUAAUAGACCCUCAAAUUAAUUACUUUUCCAUAUACUUUGUGUCACAAAAAUAUAUUCAUUUUGAGGGGACAAAAAGAUGCUAAACACUAUUUCUAAAGUUUUGUUGGAUGAAAUUGAUUUUAUUUUCAAUAAAAACCAUCCAAAAUAAUUUUUCUCAUUUUAAGUAUUUAAUCUAUAUUUUUAAUUUGGUAUUUUGAGAUAAAUGGCUUAAAAAGUGUUUAUAGGAAAAAUCCAUCAAACAUUUUUCAAGCUGUUUUAAUGACUUACUAUCAUAUUUCUUUCUUAUAAUGUGCAUUAAGGCUGAUUAAAAUAGUUGAUACUUAAUAUUUAUACGUGAACAAUACAGGAAAUUAGAUUUGGUUAAACUUUGCAGAUGUACAAGGGUUUCUGGUUUCUAUUAAAUUUCAAAGUUUAUUUUCUUACAAGCCACUAAAUUAUUAAUAUUUCCAUGAUAUGUAUCAUAUUUAACCUUAAAUGAUUUAUUUAAUCUUAAUAUAUGUGUAUCUUUAAUUUCAUUAUUUGUAUCUCAGCCAAAUUAGUCACAAGUAGAGUUGCAAUAUCUUGUUUAAAUCAGAUCCAUUGCCUAUACAUUGUAUAUAUUUUUAAAAAAUAAUAAUUAUACUCACCAGGAUUUUGCUGACAAUCAAUGUUAUUUCUAUUAGAUAAAAAUAAAUCCUGCCCUUUUCUGUGCCAAAUGAAAAGCAACCUACAGAGCAAUAUGGGUCAGCUAAGCAGAACAACUAGAUGUCCUGGUUUGGGAGCAAUACAAUGUAUAAUCUUCAAACAGCUGUGCCUGGGUAGAUUUAUUCCUGAUUAAUGUAACAAAUUAAGCCAUAAUCAAUUUCUAAUCAGGAUUUAACUGAAAAAAAUUAAAAUAUUUUGGUUCACACAACCCACAAAGGUAUAGAUUCUAUAUUUACACAUCCAGCCAGUAAUAGUAUUAAUGCAUUGGUGGUGCAUUACCUUAACAACUGGAAUAAUUCAAUGAAAUGGGUUCGUAUGUUGCACAAUUGCAGCCAUAAAAUUUAUGGUGUGUGAUAUAGGCUCUCCCCGAUUUUAAUGUGGGGAAAAAUUAUAGUAGUAGCCAGAGUAGAAUGAACUUGUGGCCACCUUUAUUUCUCAGAGAAUGAAAUAUGAAAAUGGAAAUAAAGGGCAGGAACCCUUUCCUUCAGUUCAUACAAUUUCAACCUAUUGGAAAAAAGUAAUUUGAAUAAAUAAAUCCUAAAGUUUAAGCCUCCUAGAUAGCAUUGUCUAUUUAGGUAAGAAUGGCAUUACACUUGAUAUAGGUAGAUUGACAUGGUCAAGAGCCAAAUCACAUUACUAUUUGCAGUGGCUGUUUUACACUGGGCACAGCAAUGAGAUACUUUCUUUUUUAUUUAUUGAUGAAAUAUCUAUCCAGAGAUCUUCAAAUUGACUAUCAUUAUUAUUGUUUAUUAAAUUUAUACUCGGUCUUCUCAAGAAAGUUAAGACAGCUACCAUUUAAAAAAUACAAACUUAAAAGAAAUUCAUAUUAAUGCUAAAAUUAAUUAAUCAGAAAUGUAGUGGAACAGAUGCAUCUAAUAAGCAUUGAACAAUUUUCAAAAUUAGUUCCAUGAAAAUACCAAAGCAGUUGUACUAAAUCAGGUUAAAUCUAGGUUAGAUGAAUAAAAAGCUGUGUGGCACACACAAGCCUCUUUAUGCAAGCCUCUUUAUAAACAACACAGAAAUGAAGGGCCUCUUCAGUUGUUCUAUGUCAUCUUGUGCAAUCACUAUUACCUGCAGAUAUGGAAAUAUGGGAACCUGAAAACUCUCAACAUUAGGCGGAUUUAUGAUUCUAAUCUUGUACAUCUGAAUAUUUAUCAAAUAAACUACUGUUUUGUAUUAAUUACUUUCAAAAUGUUUGCAGUUUUGAGAAACACCUGUUUUUCAAGCACUUAUUUUUGAUUGUACCUAUUUUUCUUGAUUUUUCAGUUUUGUACAUGAUUCAUACAGUUUAUAUUUGGAUUUAGGUACAAACUUUUUCUACAUACAGUUUUACGUAGUACAAGCUUUUGGUAUAAUGAAGAUGACCAAGAGCAUAAUAUUAGUCACAUGAGGUUUGCCUAGGAAAAAUUAAUAAUAGAUUAUGCCUUUUUUAAUUAUCCAAUUUUGGCAGUAGGUUUGGUUUAGUAUUGCAAAGUUAUAUAUGUAUAUUUAGGCAUAAUCCACAGCUAAAAUGAAUUAUCAUCUUGUGUUAAUGAAACCUAACACUGAUAUUUCUGGACAGGGAGUUUGAGAUUUGUGAACUAUAUGUAAUUUGUCUCCAUAGCUCUCUUUAAAAAUGUAUUUUGUGAAAAGCCAGAUGAUUUUCUGCUGAUAACUUAAGACAAAUAAAUCUUGAUACAGGUAUUCUUCAGGAAAACCAAAGCCUUGUUUGUUUAUAGCUUUCCUUUCCAGACUACAUUUGAAUAUAACUGGCUUUCCUUAUCUCUCUAGAUUUCACAAAUUUUUAAUCUAAAGAAAUUAAAAUGUAUGCCAUAGUUCCUUGUCCCAAUUUUCAUUAAUGAUUCAUAAAAAUAUUUUUUAAAAAAUAUAAAUCUGUAGCAGUGUCAAUGUGUCACUUUGAAAUCAGUCACCUUUAGGACUAAAUGCAAGGGCUUUUUUCUUUAUACACACCAUUCAGCAGCUGCAAAAUAAAAGUUGCAAAUUUGCUGUAAUACAAUGAAAAUAUUCCCACUCUGUUGCUGCUGAUUGCUAAAGCUACAAUCAUUCUUUCCAGAAUGCAUUAUUUCUUAAAAUUCUUGUAUUUUGAGAGAUGGCACAGCUCCAACAUGGGGCCAAUAUAAGUUCUUUGUAAACUCUAUAUUGUAUUGUGUAUAACUCAAACAUUGUUCAGAAUGGAACUGCCUUAAAAGGAAAAACAGCAUGUGGCUGUGACACAAACUAAACACUGUUAUACAGAAACUGUUAUUUAAAAUUGUAACUUCCUUUCUUAUACCUAAUAAGGAAUUUUGUAAUGUUUGCCAUUGUACACUACUUAUGUUAUUAAAAUUUGAAACAAAA